CAACACCAAAUUUGCAGCUCCCAGCGCCAUGGCCUCGACGCGUCUCGUUCUCGUUGCGUUGCUGGUCGCUUGCCUCAGCGAGAGCUUCGUUCGCCUCGCCCCGCGCGGACGACGACGGCGAUGCGCGCUGCGGGGCCGGCAGCUGAGUGAGGAGGAUUUCCGGGAGCUCCUGGAGAGGCCAGAGGGAGCAAAGGACCUGCAAGAGAUCCUCAAAGAGAUGCUGCAGGACAAGAAGAUCCUCAAGGAGUCCAACGCGACCUUCCAAGAGCUCAUGGCCGCCCAAAGCGGCGCUGAAAACGCUGACCCCUUGGCCCAGUUCCUGACGGAUCCCGCGGCGGUCUUUCAAUGGACGCAGGGUCCCGACAAGACGCAGCGACUGGCGGAGAUGAUGCAGCAGUCCCCACUUUUCCAGCAGCUGCGCAACUUCGGCAGCGAGGUCCUGGAGCGGCGCCAGGUGGCGCAGCUUCCUGCGGGCGCGCUGGUGGAGCUGAGGGGCCUCAGCGCAGCAGCCUACAAUGGCCUGGUGGGCGAGCUGGCCGACGCCAGCCCCGCCGAGCGGGAUCAACACCCUGGCCGGCGCAUCGUCGAGCUGGGGGAGGGAGUCGAGGACUCCACGAGGCUCGCGGUGCAUCCGAAGAACCUCAUCUUCCCUCGGCACAAGCCGGGGGACGCCGUCACCCUGGCUGCGGAGUUUGAGCCCGGCAGCGAGCACGAGGGUUUGGAGGGCCGCGCGGGGGUGAUCUCCAGCCUCACGGAGGAGGAGCGAGGCCUGGGCUUCAGCGAGCAGACGGGGGGCCUGGUGGUGGAUGUCCUCUCCCUGCUGCCGGGGGGGCCGGUGCUGGACCGCGUGUGGCUGUGGCCGGAGCACCUGGCGCGCAGAAACUUCCAGGUCGGGGACGGCGUGCGGAUGCGGGACCUGGAGGCAGACAGCAGCCUGAACGGGCUGCCAGCUACUGUAGAAGCGCCGGGCACUCGCCCCUGGAGCUAUGUGGUCGUCUUAGAUGAUGGCCGACGGCUGGAGGUGAAGUGGCGCAACCUGCUGCUUAGCAGCUGCUCCGUGGCAACUGCUGCCGGCUUGGGCUGAGAGAAAAA